AUGCGGCAGAUUUUCUUAGGGCCUUCGACGGCCAAGGAGUCCUAUAAAGGCUUGGUGGGCAACACCAUUCUUCUAGCGCAGGCCGAAGCAAAGACUACACAGAUCUUACCAUCUUUGAACAAAGUCUUGGAUCAAUUGGUGAUUGUUUUCACAAGAAGUGUCGAGGAAGUCAAAACCUGUAAGGCAUUAACCGUCAACCGCGCAGAGUUUGUGGACUGCUUGCGCUUGAGAAAGAAACAUUGCCCUGUGUUUUUUGACACCGAUAUUGAUCAAGAUGCCGUUCAGAAGCUGCCAGUCGAAGGGGUUCCAAACGAAUUUAUCGAACAUGCCAUACAUCUUCCGGAAUCAACAUUUUUGCAGCGUAUGCAAGGGCCGGGCGACCUGCCCGUGACAGCGCCUCCGUCCAAUACCGAUGGCAACAUUGCUGAAGAGUCUGAUGAUGACCACGAGGUUGCGCAAGCUGAUGAUGAAUCUGUCCAUGACGAUGCGCCGGCCUGCGCAGAUGAAGGCCAUGAGCGUGCCACUCGUGAAUCUCAAAAAAGCCCUGAAUUUAUGAUUGCCAUUGAUUACGAGCAAGACCCGAAACCGGCGCAACUUUUUCAAGCGAUGCAAAAAAAAUUGGAACAUCUUCAAAAAGAAGUUGCAAAAGUUAAGACCAACCAAAGUGGUGCUUGGGAAAACGUUUCAGCCACUGUGCGACAAGUAGGUCAGCAAGAAACUUGUCAACGCCUUGUGAUCGAUUUACAAGACACGAUGAGGAAACUAUUGAAAGAAGCCAAAAAUUUGGACGACGUGGCAGCAAGUUUGCUCCAGACCUCGGUGACUGCUGAUUUUUUCGAAAAGGGUGGUCAAAUACACAUCGACGCUUUGGCAGUGCCAACAACGACAGUCUUGAGCUCCUUUGACCCCAGAAGCUUUCCAAGCUGCUUUGUCGAGUUUUACUAUGGAGACGCAGUGCCUGGCCUCUCGGGACGCCCAAAUUCCACAGUGACAUACCAAAGCUUGUUUUCUGCACUGAUGCAGCGCGAAGAGAUGGAGUAUUCUUGUUCUGAUGAUGUUGAGCCGUACCAAGCCCGUGCAGUUUCUCGUUUUGAUUCACCAGAAUUUGCUGCCCUUUUUGGAGACAUUCUUCGGAAAAUGAAAACACUGCAAGCAGUAAACGCGUCGUUUCAGAGGCAAGGCUUCGAGAAGGACUUGAAGACAAUUGCUUCUUCGCAAACAACCGAUUUUCUGGCCGCAGCUGCAGGAGAGAUGUGCCAAUCGAGUAUCGAAGACGACUUUGCUUCUAGCAGUGUUCCUGGCGUUGCUGGAUUUGCGUUGGCGAUCCUUGAAGCUCUUGAAGCCCAAGGGCGAGGGUUUCAGCAUGGACACCGUUUGGUCCGCGCAAUUCCUGGGUUUCUUGCAAGCAUGCAAAUUCAAGAUGGUGACUUGUCCCCGAAAAGUUUGCGUGCCAAAAUGCUGCAGCACAACGCAAAGCUGAUCUCCCAAGUCAACACAUUGCAGUACGAGAAGUCGACCUUGGUGGGUGAACAAGCUGGCAUCAAAAUGAAGCCAGAACCAUUCAGUGCUCUUCAGCAAAAACAAACAAAAUUUGAUGGCGGACUAGAAGCUGAUGAGAUCACUCAAAGAUUGUUGUUGCCUGUUGUGGCGGCAGAACGCUUGAAGCACGUGGAGCGCGAAAUCGCUGCAAGCGAGCAGCAGCAACGCCCACCAGCAAAUUUCUUCAAAGAGGUGUCAUUGACAGGUGCCGAAUUGAGCACGCUGCCAGAAUACAAGUUGCCUUGUAUAAUUCCACAGGCUGCAGCCUGGAAGGGCCCACUUUCAUUUUCCGUAGAUUGUGAUGAGUCUGGCGUCAUUACCAAGGUUGCUUGCCCUGAUGGUGAAGAUGCCUGUAACUUUGACACUUUUCUUGCAGAGGCCCAUAGGCUUGCGGCGGCUGCGAACCGCAGCACCUGGGCAGCUGUAGCAAAACUUCUCCGCAAAGAAAUGCUUCAGUCCGAUGCCACGACAAGUUGCCCAGCAUCGGAGAACCUUACGCCUGAAAUGGCUGCGCAACAGCUGGAAGAGCUUUUUGACAGGAACGCCAACCGCGACGAGGCACAAGUCACAGAAAUUGACGUUCCUUUAGCGUGGAAAGGUCCUGCAGCGUAUGCCAAAUCUCUCAUUGAUAAGUUUCCUUUCAACCAGGAGCAGCUGGACUUGUUGGCCCUUCUAGUGAAUCCACUUGAAGUUGCGUGGCGAAACCGAGAAGAUACAUCUGUGUACACCUUGCCGGUCGACCUAGGAGUGGAUUUGGAAUUCUUGCCGCCCAAACCUUGCGCGGAGCAUUUGAUUUUCAACCGACACUGCGACCAGUGUGUGUCAUAUCCUGGAGUCAUUCAAGCGCUUUCAAAAACGCAAACGUGGUCUUACACCUUGCCAGACGAGAAAAUUUCAUUGAAGAUCAAGCGGACGGCAUUCCCACUCUGGCCAGAGAAGGCCUGCAGCCUAUACACGAUGCAAGGAACGACAGCGUCCCCCGGAUUAGUGGCGCACAUGACUUUGCCUGCCAGAUCACCGGCAGACAUCAAAUUCUUGGCUGUCUACGUGAUGCUUUCACGCCCUCGCUCCUUCAAGAACUUGUUGACGCUGGGGCUCAACGACAAAAUCCGAAACAUCAUCGAAAGCGGACCUCCUGAAGAACUCUUGGAAACCUUCGCAACCUUGUUUGGGUCCAAAGCUGACGAGACACGCGAAGCAGCCCGGGAGGCGGCUGAACAUUUGGGGUGGCAAGCUGGAGGCUGA